UUGUUUCACUUCCUUUCUAAGUUAUUUCUGGACCUCUGUGUUUUGUAUGCAGAACAAUAAACUUCAUGAUGCUGCCCUGUUAAGAGGAAAUACUGGCCCAGUGAGAAGAAACUGUGUUUUUAUCUACCCCAGAGCAGAACAGCUCAGAGUGGAGCCAGCAUGGAGUUGAUGCCUAGUAGCUGUUUCCUCUGGCUUUAGCUGUCUGGGUGACAGCGAACUUUCCUCUAUGGCCAGUCAGAGCAGAAACAACAAAAUCCUUCUGGAUCUGGUGCAGCAGCCGGGAAACAACCAAUGUGCUGACUGUGCAGCUCCUGAGCCUGACUGGGCCUCGUACACUCUUGGCGUGUUUGUGUGCCUAAACUGUUCGGGCAUGCACCGCAACCUGUCCACAGUCAGCAAAGUGAAAUCCAUACGCCUCGACUACUGGGAAGAUUCAUUAGUGCAGUUCAUGCAGGAGCGGGGGAAUUCUGUUGCUAAAGCCUUUUUCGAGAAGUGUCUCCCUGCCUUCUAUUACAGGCCACAGGAACAUGACUGCAUAGUUCUUAAGGAACAAUGGAUCCGUGCAAAGUAUGAAAGACGGGAGUUCACGGGAGAAAACAACGAGUUUCUGCAGACUUACAACUUUGAUUUAUUUGAAUCAACACUAUGGAAGAAGGGCAGAGACAACAAACAGUUUCUCAAGAGAAUCUUUGUGCUGUCGCAGAAGGAUUUCACCCUCAGGUACUUCACUAAGGAGGAUUCCAAGGUUGCCAAAGCAGUUAUCAGCAUGAAGGAUCUCAACGCACAUUUCCAGCCACAGAAAAUCGGCCAUCCUCAUGGGCUGCAGAUUUCUUAUCUGGAGGAUGAGCGUACAAGGAACCUGUUUGUUUACCAUGAGAAUGGGCAGGUCAUUGUAUCAUUCUUCACUGCUAUUCGUGCCACACGCUUGGCGUAUCUCCUGAAGAAACAUCCCACUCUACAACACAGUGAUCUAAUACCUCAGAUAACAACUCAUUGCCUGAAGGAGGGCUAUAUGGAGAAAACCGGCCCAACGCAACGUGAGCCGUUCAAGAAGAGGUGGUUCACUCUGUGCUCAGUGAACAGGAAACUCCUGUACUGUAAAUCUCCACUGGAUGCCGUGGAUCUAGGCGCCGUCUUUAUCGGGUCCCAAGACCACGGCUACUCCGUGUCAGAGAGCAGCGGCCGGUGCAUGAGGUCGGGCCGGUGGCACUGUGGGAUCACGAUGGAAACUCCAAGCAGGCAGUUUGUGUUCAUGUGUGAGCAGGAGCAGGAGAGAAGGGAGUGGAUGGAGGCCUUCAGAAAGGUCAUCUCGCAACCCAUGACCCCGGAGGAUUAUGCCAGUACGAUGAUGUUGCUCCAGCUGACGCCAUGCAGAACAUUUCAGAUCAAAGAGGCUCCCUCGCUAUCAACUCUCUUUCUUGUUUCCCUACAGAUGAAGCCACUUUGAGGAGAGGGAAAUGACUGGGAAGUUUUGACAAAGUGACUCCUGCAGCUGGGCUGCUGUGGCUUCCUGGGGCCGAUGUAGAUCAGAGGCAGCUUCUUCUUACUAAUAGUUAUUGUUCUAGUGGACAUAGAAAAGCAAUUUUUUUUUCAGCAUGCCUUAUGUAUUUAAUGGAACUCAAUACUGUAUUUAUUGAAAUACUUACUUCAGAUUUAAAAAAAUAACUAUAGUAAUCUAGAAUAAUCACUCUAAGUUCAAACAGCACAUUAACCAUGUUUUGUGUAUAUUUUUAUGUAACUGAAUUUGCACAUUUUUAAAUCUUUUUUUACUGUCUGUGACUUAACCAAACAGGAAUAAAUAUUAGAUUUGUUUACUACA